AUGGCCUACAAUCGCCUUGGAGGCGGUUCCGAUGGCCGUAACGACAGCUACGUGAAUCCCCAGCCCGGUCGCUCGCCUUCACCUGGUCGACCUCUGCAAGGCUAUGAUCACGACGACGACGACAACGACUAUCGUUUACAGCCUCCACAGCUUCACCUGCAGAUGCCCAUGGCGUCCACAGACCGAUUAGCAUACCAGCCGACGUACUCUGUGGAAAACGUGCAUAACUCGUACGGCCACGAUGCUCAGUAUAAUGCGCAACAGGGCCAGCAUGGCUCAGCAGGAGGAGUUGGAGGUGACUACGUCCUGAACCCCGAGCAACAUCACGAUCAGUACUACAACCAGCCAUAUUCUCCUCACCCACAAGGCGAUUAUGCCCUCGAUCCAUACCCGACGCCCGAUCAGCGCUACAAUGACGAAGAUAAUAGACCUAUCCUCCAGCCAGACAGCGCAUAUGGCCCAGAUCCUCAUACACAACCACCAAUGCAAGGAGACUACUACGAUGACCCAGGCAUGAGACCAACCCCUUCGCCAGCGCCGAUCAGACGAUGGAAGACAGUCAAAGAAGUCCCUCUAUUCAACGGCAACCUCGUCCUCGACUGCCCUGUACCUCCCAGACUCCUCAGCCAAGUCCCACACGUCCAGCCGCCCGAAAGAGACGAGUUCACACACAUGCGAUACUCCGCCGCCACAUGCGACCCGAACGACUUUUACAAUGAGAGAUUCACCCUGCGACAGCGACUCUUCCGCCAGCCGAGGCAUACAGAGCUCUUUAUCGUGGUCACCAUGUACAACGAAGACGACUUCCUCUUCGCGCGCACCAUGAUCGGCGUUUUCAAGAACAUUGAAUAUCUGUGCUCAAGGACGAGCAGCAAGACCUGGGGCAAGGACGCCUGGAAGAAGGUUGUGGUAUGUGUCGUUAGCGAUGGUCGAGCCAAGAUCAACGAGCGGACAAAGGCGGUACUGGCUGGUCUGGGAGUCUACCAAGACGGCAUCGCCAAACAGCGCGUCAACGAAAAGGACGUCACCGCCCAUAUCUACGAAUACACCACCCAAGUCGGCCUCGAGCUCAAGGGCCAACAAGUCGUCCUGAAACCGCGUACCAACACCCCCGUCCAAAUCCUCUUUUGCCUCAAAGAAAAGAACCAAAAGAAAAUCAACUCGCACCGCUGGUUCUUCCAAGCCUUCGGCCGCGUCCUCGACCCCAACAUCUGCGUCCUCCUCGACGCCGGCACAAAACCCGGCAAGGACUCCAUCUACCAACUCUGGAAAGCCUUCGACCUCGAGCCCAUGUGCGGCGGCGCCGCCGGCGAGAUCAAAGUCAUGCUGGACCACGGCAAGAAGCUCUACAACCCAUUAAUCGCAACACAAAACUUCGAGUACAAAAUGUCCAACAUCCUCGACAAACCCAUGGAAUCCUCCUUCGGCUUCAUCUCCGUCCUCCCCGGCGCCUUCUCCGCCUACCGCUACGUCGCCCUGCAAAACGACAAGAACGGCGAAGGCCCCCUCGAAAAAUACUUCCGCGGCGAGAAAAUGCACGCCGAUGCCGGUGUCUUCACCGCAAACAUGUACCUCGCCGAGGACCGCAUCCUGUGCUUCGAGCUCGUCUCCAAACGCAACUGUCGCUGGAUCCUGCAAUACGUCAAAUCCGCGUCAGGCGAAACCGACGUGCCAGACCGCAUCGCGGAAUUCGUGCUCCAACGCCGCCGCUGGCUCAACGGCUCCUUCUUCGCAGCAGUCUACGCGAUCGCACACGUCCACCAGCUCUUCCGCUCCAGCCACAGCUUCCUCCGCAAACUCAUGCUCAUCAUCGAAUUCAUCUACCAAACCAUCAACAUGCUAUUCGCAUGGUUCGCCAUCGGUAACUUCUUCCUCGUAUUCAAACUCCUCACCACAUCGCUCGGCACCCCGGACCUACUGGGCCAACCAGGCAACAUCCUAGGCAUAGUCUUCGAGUUCGUCUACCUCGGCACCCUCCUCUACUGCUUCAUCCUCAGCAUGGGCAACCGGCCCCAAGGCUCCAAAAAAUCCUACCUCGCCAUGGUAAUCUUCUGGUCCGUGCUCAUGAUCUGGCUGACCUUCGCCGCCGUCUUCGUCACCGUGCGCGCGAUCCAGAACGAGUUGGCCGAUGGCGAUAUCACAUUCACGUCAAUCUUCAACAAUAAAACAUUCUUCGGGUUGAUCGUCUCUUUGGGAUCGACCUGGGUCCUCUGGCUCGUCUCCUCCAUCCUGUUUUUAGAUCCCUGGCACAUGUUCACCUGCUUCAUCCAAUACAUCGUCCUCACACCAACCUACAUCAACGUCCUCAACAUCUACGCGUUCUGCAACACCCACGACAUCACGUGGGGCACCAAGGGUGACGAUAAGGCGGAAAAGCUCCCCGAUGUGAAGAUCAAGGAAGAUGGGAAGGUUGAUGUUACGAUCCCGCAAGACGACGGCGACCUCAAUGCGCAAUACGAGACUGAGUUGCUGAAGUUUGCGGGGAAACCACCAAAAGAAGUGAAAAAAGUGAAUAAGGCGGAUGAGCAGGAGGAUUAUUAUAAGAGUUUCAGGACGAAUGUGGUGACGAUUUGGAUGAUUACGAAUUUUAUUCUCGCGGCGGCGGUGUUGAAUGUGGGUGGGUUUGAUCGGAUUAAUACUGGUGGGGAGGGGAGUGGUGAUGGCAAUAAUGGGCAGAUAUAUUUGACGGUGGUGUUGUGGAGUGUGGCGGGGUUGGCGUUGUUCAGGUUUAUUGGGGCUAUGUGGUUUUUGGUGAAGCGGUUGUUUAGGGGUGUGUAG